AUGUCUUCAGGGUCCGAAGCAAGUGGUGCGUUUGCGCCUGGCGUGGACGAGGACGUGGUAACACACCACAAGAGUCCGGCGCUUCACUGCAAGUUUCAAUUGUGCUGGUGGACCUCUCUCUUCCUGCGGCUCGUAGCUCGCAGCGGGCCUCGCGCGUCGCCUCUCGCCUCCCGUCAAGAACUGGGCUGCGCCCUCGCUUGCUUCCUUCCUGGCUCACUUGCGUGGCUGUCUAUGGAGAGAGAAGGCGCGAGGAAGCGGGGCCGGGGAGGAGAGGAAGGAGGCGGCGCCUCGACCGGGAAAGGCCACUCUCCUCCCACCUGUUACUUCACGCUCAGAGUAGGCCGCGCUGCUCACAUCAUCACGACGUCGCCCAAGGACGUUGAGUCUCUGUUUUCUCUGUUUCUACGCCAAGCAUGUGGCGAAGAGAAGACGCCCGAGACGGAGCUCGCCUUCUCCGGUGCGGUCGCUGGGGAAGGAGGGCCUGCGAAAGUCGUGAAGCCUGGGCUGGACCAGGCUGCCGCAGGCGGGGGCGGAGGAGACCGGCCCCACGUCCUCCUGGAGCCUCAACCCGGCAGGCUGGAGGUCAGGGCAGACGCAGGGCCCAGCACGCAGGAGACCCCAGUCGACAGUGAGAGAAUGUCGCCGCGGGCGCCGCCGCCCGCGGCUCCGGAAGGAUCUGGACGACACGCAGAGAGAGGCGACGUGGAAGGCCGCAGAACCGCAGUGAAGCGUUCGGACGAUCCACUCGCAGACAUCUCGCUGCAUGUGAUGCGGAGAAGCAGCAUCGGCGACGUUCUCGCGUGGGUUAGGGCGUCUUUGUUAGAAGACAGCGGGGCGAGGGCCGAGAGCUCGGAAGCAAGCGGGAUGGGCGGCGCAGCGCCGCAGCUUUUCGGAGGCAAAACGCAGGGGUCGGAGCGCGCGUGUACUGGUGGUGAAGAGUCCACCACGCCUUCGUGUGCAUCGCGUUCUCAGGAGGAGACCCAGCUGAAAGACGUGAAGGGAGAGGGAGAGGAGGCGAAGCACCUCCACUCGCCCCCGAGCGACUCUCCGGCUUGGAAGAAGCCGCGAGUGUCUCCAGGCGUCGACGCGCCGGAGGGGAUGGAGGAGGCCGCGCGCCGCGUGAAGGAGGAGCUUGCCUCGUCCCCCCUCUCCUCUUCCUGGUCACAGAGAGAGGAGCGGGUUCUGUAUAUCUACACAGACGGCGCCUGCCGGUCGAACGGCCGCGGGCGCGAGGCGCGGGGUGGCAUCGGCGUGUUCUUCGGCGACGGAGACCCGCGAAACGUGUCGAUGCGGCUGCUGGGACAGCCGCAGACGAAUCAGCGCGCCGAAUUGCAGGCGAUCCUCUGCGCCAUCCGCCUCCUGAAGGCCUGGGAAGACGGCGGCCGCGGCUACUGGGGCCCAGUCGGCGCAGCGGGCGCCAAGGGCGAGGCUUCGGGCGACGCCGCGAGUGAGGGCGCUCGGUCCGGAGGAGGCCCCCGGCAAGCCAAAGACGCAGGCGGCGGCGUCAGCUCGUGUGGGCUGGUCGCAGCUUCUGAUAGAGUGGCUCCACUGUCGCAGAGGGCGGGCUUGGCCCCCUCGGGGCGGGCGGCCUUCGCGACGGUCGCGGGCAACGGCAAGCGGGUGAACGGGGUGGAGCUGCCGCAGGGCGACGGGGGGGGGACUGUCACUCGGCGCGCUAAAGUCGACACGAGUCUCGACCGCGGCGGCGCCCCCUGCGGUGGGCUGCAUGCCGAUCGAGAGACGUUUUUCGAGAUGCAUGACCCCGUCAAAGUGCGCAUCUGCAGCGACAGCUCGUACGCGAUCAACUGCAUCACGGAGUGGGUCUACGCGUGGAAGAUGAAUGGAUGGCGAACGCGGGCGCGGAGCGAGGUCUGCAACCGCGACCUCGUGGCGGAGAUCGAUCAGCUGCUGCAAGGCCGCAGGCGCGGAGACGCGCGGUUUUCGUCGCUUCCCGCGACGACGGGCGCCGACCCCGUUUUUGUCAGUGGCGGGUCUGACGGCUCCGACGGUCACGGCGGGGGCGAGAUCGCGCGCUUCUUCGAGAAGCCGAAGGAGGUCGGCGACGGCCGCUCCUCGGCUGCAGCCGAGGGCUGGGGCGGCCGAGGCUCCAUCGAGUUCGUCCUCGUCAAGGGCCAUAGCGGGAACUACGGAAACGACCGCGCAGACCAACUCGCCUGUCAGGGAGCUGCGCUGCCUUCUGACGACGAGGAGGCGGCGCAGUGA